UAAUAAUAAUAAUAAUAAUAAUAAUAAUAAUAAUAGUAGUCACGCCUCCAACAGGGUUCUCUGUUUACUGGGUGGUGUCAGUGCUAAAACACUGUGCCAAUGUGUAAAAACAGGAACUGGACUGAUUCCGUUCUGCAGAAGCUUCGAGGAGGGUAAGGAGAGUGAAAGAGAGAGAGAAAAAAAAGAGAGAUAGGGAGAGAUAGAUAGAUAGAGACAGAGAGAGAGAAGGAUAAAGAAAGAAAAGGAGAGAGAGAGAGAGGGGGGAGUUGCUGAUAACUAAAUUCGUUCCGAAAAACGUAUGAGAUUAGAGCAACAAAAAAACGGUUCUUUCUCUGGCCAAAAGCACACGACCUUCCAGCUGAUUGUCGAGAAUUCUUCUCCUUGUUCACGGGCAACAAUUCACGAACGACUCCUUCCUUCCACCACUACCGCCACCGUCACUUGGGUCAUCGAUAUAGUUAUUCAUUUUCAUCUCGAUCAGGACAAACUACUAUCGACCACAAACCACUCCGUUGUUUACUACUAGCACGAGUUAUCUUAUGAUUGUUUACAUCAUAUUCUUAGUCCCAGAUACGCAUUCUCGCGAACAGCAGGUGAUCGAACUGGUUUAUUAACCGUUGAUUGGAAACUGGACAUUUUACACAGGAAACAAGAAAGAAAAAAGAAAACACCGAACACCCUUGCCGAACGUUUGCUAUCUCUUCAUGUCAAAGAUAAACUGGAUGGAUUCUUAACCAUUCCGUACCACGGUGAAUUUUCACUUAUUUAUUUUUUUUAACCAAACAGUUUUAAUAUAACAACACGCAAAAAUAGAUAAUUUUUUGAGUUUUUAUUAAAAAGAUGUCGAGUUUAAGUGGAGUUGGCGUCGUGUGGGCAUUCCUGUCGUUUGUGGCAUCGGCCGCGGCCAGUGUUGGACUUUACAUGCCGUUUUGGCUGGAGGGCAAGACAAAGGGAUCGGUCCCCGUGUAUUUCGGAUUGUUCAGGAGAUGUAACUAUCCGACCCUUUCUAGUUCAGGAUCAAUUAUUAUUGUCGAAGAGUGUGGACGUUACACAACUUUCAUGGACAUACCCAGCCUUGCCUCACAGAUAGCUACCAUCACCAUCGGGACUGGGUGUGGUGUUGCUGUUAUCGUCUCUCUUACCGCUCUCAUGGCACUUUGUGUUAGCGAUCUUAUAUCGGAAAAACUUGCCAAAAUUGCUGGAAUCGUACAAUUUGUUGCAGGUGAGUAGUGGUUUUGUUGUUGUUUUUUUUCCCCCUACGUCUUCAAGAACAUUAGAAAACAAUUUGUAAGUAUAAGAGAUAAAGCAUUAAUAAUAUUGACAGUUUACGAUAUAGUAGCAUCUAUUCUGAAUUCCAGACACCAAUGUCCUGGCACCACUUGUAAACAUACGUUGUUUUCAUUAAAUCAUGUAAUUACUUUAACAAAUACAAAAUUACUUAAUCCUUUUAGUCGUUCU